AUGUUAUCGAAUAAUCUAAUGUCGUCUGGCGAACAUGGCGGAUCGUCAUUUACAAAUGUGCUGUGCUUGUCUUGAUAUUUCUUGGAGAAUUAAUAUUAUACUGUGCUAAAGUCGAUAAGAAAUUUUCGUAUAGUCUUAUUGUGAGUGAAUUAUUAUUGUUUAUAUUAAAACGGCUCAUCGUUUUCAAUAAAAAUACAUAAAUGGAAGUAAAUAACUUUGCCGAAUUAAAAGAUGGCGAUUCAACACGGUCUCUCGUGUUAAUAGAAGCGCCAUCUAUAGUAGCAAUUACGAAACCGAAGUCGGAUGGAAAUAUUAAAAAAAAGCGUCGUCGCGGCAAAACAAAGCGAAAAAUUAUUAAACCGUAUUUAAAGAUAUCUUGGCAAGAAAGAAGAAAGAAUGAAGUGAGGAACAACACUAAAAGAAACAACAGAUUUCGUAAAAUCGUUUUAGCUAAAACUCAAGCGCCAUUUAACAAUAAUCAAUUUUUGAUGGAAAUUCAUAAACCUGAACCAGAAAAUAAUAUCUUUAGGACACCUUCAGCCCGAACGCGUGAUUCAAGUUUCAGUAUUGAUUCUGAAGAUAAUAAUUAUUUUUUUCCUUUACCUGAGGAUGAAGAAGAAUAUUUGACGAAAGAGUUUUCUAGUGUUUAUGAAGACGCACAAUGUGAACGUUUGUCUAACAUGUCUAAAAAUGAACUCAUUGAAGAAUAUCUUCUAUUGGAAGCAAAGUAUGACACUCUUGUUAAAAGAGCGGAACGUUAUAAACCAAAAGACUAUGAAGAAGGCAAAAAUGUAGCUGUUGCUGACAAAGAUUGUAUAUCUGAUUCUGUGAACUCAAUAAAUGAAAGCGAUAAUUCUAAUACAGAUAAUAUUAAUGUAGCAGAGCAACAGGCUUUGUCAGACAUUUUGCAACAGCUUAAAGAACAGGAAGAGCAAAUUAGGGAACUCCAACUAGCAAAUGAAAGUUUGAAAGUUCAAAAUGAACAUUUACAACAACACAAUCAAACAAUGAGUGAAGAUUCUGAAAGUGAUAGUUCUUCCAGCUCCGACAGUUGCAGUACUUCAAGCAGUAACUCAAGUCCUCUUCAUGAGUCAGAUGUGGUUACCAAUGAUGAUAACCUACCUAUCCAAGUGAACGGAAUCGAAGAUUCUAAUAUUCUGGAGAAUGGGCAUAACCAUGUGAAUGGUUUUCAUUCACCAACAGAAUAAAUAUAAGUUUAAUUCUAUUACAAACAUUAUUGUGUGUAUUGCAAUAAAACAGUGUAAGUAAAGAAAUUUUUUAAAUCAUUAAGUGCUAUUAAUUUCUUGAGCUCCAUUAUGUCAAAUUUACUGAUUUUGUCUGGCAUAUUUUAUACUGUUCAAGUCAAAAAGAGUAUUGUGUUUGUGUGUUGUUUGUGGCAAAUUUGACCCAACAUAUAAAACAAAAAAUAUUGCAACUUAUAGAUCCAAUAAGACGCAAAUGAUUAAGCCAGAAUUGUUUGUGUGCAAAGUUGUUUUUUAGGUUUUGUCUUACUAGAACUAAAUGUAUAAACUAAACCACACAAAAUCUGGCCAAUUUAUGUGCGAAGACUAACCUUAUAAAAACCAUAUAUAUUGAUAAUUUUCAACAACAAUGAUAAUAGAAGUAUAAUGUUUACACAUUAUAAGAACAAAUAUUGCAUUGCAUUGCUGAAUCUAAAUAUUGCUGGUAUGAGAUAAUUAUAAAUAACAAAAUUGUACAUUUGCUUUAGAUAUUUCUUGUUAUAAAAGAAUACAUUUUGUAUAGUAAAGAACAGACACUACAAAUGUCUAUGUGUAUAAAAAUAAUAAUUUUAGCCAUAAAAGAACAAGCAGGUAAUUACUAUAUUAUAUCUUGAUAGUCAUUAUUCCAUUGAACAUAAUGUAGUUGGGUGCUCAAGAAUUUAAUGGUGUAAUUAUAUUGGAUGUCUAACAAAAUUUUGCUUACCACUUACAUAUUUAUCAAAACUAGAAGAAACAGUUUAAAAUAUUGGUAGGUAUAAUGAACAUAAAAAUAUAAUAGUGAGAUCUCACUAGAUUAAGAAAAAAUCUGUGAUAACAAUUUGGACGACUACUAAUAUUCAUUCAUAUAUUCAUGACUUGGAUAUUUUAGUUUCAAUCAUGGUGUGAUUUUUUGAUGUUUAAUAAGAUUGAUUCAAUUUAAUAAAAAAUUUUUUUGAUAACUUUCCAUUUACCAUGUUAAUAAGUGAAAACUUCAUGGUGCUGAAAUUAAGUAUUGUGUUGUGUGUAAUUUGUAAUCCAAAAAUUGAUCUCACCAUUAUAUUUAUUAAAUUUGAAUGUGAAACAAUUUUUGUGAAAAUAUUGUUAAAAACUGUGCCAAUUAUGUUUAAUUUUAUUUUUUGCCUAAACCAUAUUUAAUUAAGUUUUUUGUUGAAUUAAAAAAACAUUGUUAUGUAGGAGGUAUACUAUUUUUCUAAGUCAAAGCACAAUCUAUGUUAAGUAUCGUCUUGCACACAUUAUUAUUUAACACAUUAUAUUUAAUAUGUGUAUUUUAUAUAUUACUUCCAUAAUUUUGAUUACCUUAUCAGCUGUUAAAAUAACAUGCAGACUAAUUUGCAUCCUUUUAUUCAUGUAUAAGUUCAUAAAAUAUGAACCAUUAGUAGUCACUUAAAACUAUUUUACAAUACUUUUUUUAAUAGUUCUAAAGUUCAAUAUUUUAUAUAAUAUGAAUGCACCCAGUGUUAGAUAUUGAUAUAAA